AUGGAUGCUUCCAAGAUUCGUGCCAUCCAGAGUGUUCAACUUCAAUACGAUUGUGCAAGAUAUAAGGAGAAAAUUCAAGAACUCUAUGCGCAAAGGGAUUUCUAUAUGGAGAAACUUGGCGCCACCGAGACUGCCAAUCAAAAACUUGAGAAGCAAAAUGUUGAAUUGAUUGGACAACUCGAGAAGAUGAACAUGGCUAUGCAAGAACUUGUGAAGGAGAGGGAUUCAAAUAAGACUAAGAUCCAAGUCACCAAGGACGAUGCGGAAAGCUCAAACGACGACAAGAACCGUGUUGAUAUGAUAGAACAACCCCGAAAGAAGAAACCAACUAUGGAAGAAGUCAUAAGGAAAGCUAAUCUGAUUUGCGGCAAAAAACGAUUAUCGGAUACUCAAAAGAACGCCGUUAAGUCCAACGUGCUUCAGGAGGAACAAAGCAAGAACCAGGGCAUUCAAGACCUAGCGACCCGCCUAUCUGGCGCGGAGCAACAAACUGGUGAUAAGAUUAUGGAGCUCACAAAUGAGCUGAAGAAGAAGGAUGAGGUCGUCCACAUUGAGCUCGGCAGGCUCUAUCUGGAGCUCCAGGAGGCUAAGAAGCCACAGGAGGCUCUGAUGGCUCGUUUGGCUGCUAAGGACAAGGGAAUCGAGUAUCUCACGAAGCAACAUGAGGAGAAGCUAGCUGCUAAGGAUUCAGAGAUCCAGAAUCUGACGAUAAUGGUUCAGGAAGGAGGCGUGAAGAAUAAGAAUCAUGAGGAGAUGAUUGCCAACCUUCGGAAGGUAAUGUUCACCAUGCAAUGGCAGAUGGAGGAGAUGAGGACGAAAUUCAAUGCGGAGAGACAGGCGGCCCUUCAAGAUCCAACGAUUACGGAUCCAAAAGCAUCUAUUGAGUAUGAGGAUUCUGAUGAUGAGUGGUAA